CGAACACAGGAAACGGAGGUGUCAUAACAAUACCUUCCCUGGAACGAGAAACAACAGGAAAUAAAUGAGGUUUUAUUUUGUUAAAUGAACUCUUAUUAACUGCGUGGAUUUAAAGUCACUCACACAGAAGUGAAGCAUGAACUGAGAUUCCGAGUUUACGGGGAAGAAGAAUAAAAGGAGAAUCAUGUUCAGUUUCCUCGGCCUCCGUAAAGACUCGAAGAAAUCCCCGUCAGAGAAGGAAUCAGAUGGAGGCUUCGUUAUCGUUGGAGAGACGCUGGAGGAGCAGAAGAGGAAGACGCAGGGCAUGAACAUCGCUCAGUCCUCCUCCUCCGGGUACGUCGUCGUGCAGUCCUCUCAGUCCUCCUGUCCUUACCCAGCUCUCCCCUCGGACAUAAAGCGUCCUGCCCCCCCUCCUCCUCCUGCAGCAGCAGCAGCCCCAGAUCCCUCACCCUCAGCUGGGGAGUCGGCCUCCCAACUGCCGGACCUCCUGGGAGAUGUCCCCUUCUCCCUGGCUCCUCAUGUCCUGGCGGUGCAGGUCGGCCUCCCGCUGUUCCCCGACCUGCUGCUGGACCGAGACCUCAACUACAACCUGAGCAGCUUCCAGUACGACUUCACCCUGGAGAACUCCGUGCUCCAGAACGCCUAGUGUGUUUACAUUUAGAUAUCAGGAACACACCCCGUGCUCCAGAACCCUCGAGAGACUGUCCUGCAGAAACCAGCGGCUGAAAGUACAAAUAUACAAGCCUUUAAUGUAAUAAAUUGCAUCAGGUCACUUUAGGAUGUUGCACCUAUAGUAAUUACUACAAGUAAAGAGCAGACUCCUUCCCAUGUAGUGAAACAGUCUGCAUUAAGUAUGGGACAGGACUAAGUAAUCCAUAGAUCUGUUUAUGUGCAGCAUGUAGGGAGUAUCUGAAUGAACGGUUUUUACUAACCACAGCGUUUGUGCAAUUUCUAUAUUUAACAUGACAGGACUUCCUGUAAUGUUUCUCCUUAAAUCCUCACCAUGUUUGAGUUCUGCUUCCUUUUGUUUGUGCUUUAUUUAUUCUGUCUGCUUCAUCCUUUAGUCUUUGCUUUGCUGGGUUUAUGGCACUCUGUCAAACCUUGAAACCGUGAUGACUUCCUUUGGUUUCUGCACGUUGUACUUCUGCAUCGUACUCACUGUAAGAGGAUCAGUUUUACCUUUAAUCAAUGAUUGGUUUGAAAUCCUUUAGUACCUGUGUGUUAUUGGAUGCUGCAGAGUGUGUGUUUUGUUCUGUUUAAGUGUCUGGGAAAAAUCACUUUCCGUAAUUCUUUAAAAGCUGAGACUUUAUCUGGAAACCAAGUAAGCCUAUUUCCUACUUGCUAUCUUGAUGAAUUCAUAUUAAUGUAAGACAAAUUACACAGCAGUUAUUCCACCAGUACAACCAACAUGCUCUCCCCCAUGAAGCCCUAUUUUUAUUGUGUAAAAACCCCAACACAUCCUCUUUCUUUAUUUCCUAGUUUCCAUAAGACUUGCCCUUCCUGGCAGGCUUUUAUUUUGAAAAACCUGAGAGUAGAAGCCAUUGAAAUACUGAAAUGAAAGUAGUAUUUUUGUUGUGAUUAAUAUGAAUUAACUCUGUUGUUAUACUGAUGGAAUCACUGCAGGUACAUCAGCAUUAUCCUGAGUUUAAAAGAGCAUUUCUGGUGAAAGUAAUUCAAGUUUCUGUGUUUUUUACCCCGCCGUUGUUAAUGCACGUCCUCUUUACGCUCUCAGCCAUCAUUUGAUUGUUUGACAAUUUAUGGUCCUUUCAUAAAUCCAGGUACAAUCUCCUGUGAUGUAUUGCUGUUGAAUGCUGUAAAAUCAUAGCAAAUAUCAGAAUCAGAAUCGCUUUAUUCCUGAUAAAUAUCACUUCAGCCUGUGUGUAUGUGCAGCUCCUGAUUACCAGGGGGAUUUCCUUCUGGAUUACUGUGUAAAUAUGAGCUUUUAAAACUAGUUGUUAGUCGGAGAAUGCAGAGGGGGAUGAUUGAACCCAGGAUGUCUUUGUAUCUUUGGAUUGUUUGUACAUUAACACACCUGAUGUGCCUUUAAUAAACAGCCAAUCCCCAUCUAA